UCCUUCGUCCUUUGGUCGCACUGCAGAAACGGGAGCAACAAAAGCGAGACACCGGAUCGUAUUCACCACGUCAACGCAGCGAGUGUGCAGCUAAUGCUAAUGCCUUCGGCUCCUUCAGCUAGCUCGCCACAUCGCCAGCAGCAGCAGCAACAGCAAUUGCAGGUGCCCCUGCGGCAGGUGCAUCGGUUUGUGCAUCACAGGAAGCGCAGGACAAAGAGACACCUCCUCCACCCCGAAACCCGCCACAGAAUAGCGAAGCAUGGCGGUGAUUAAUAGAGCCGGAAAUGCGAUUGCCCUGCUGGCUAACCUCCAGGUAAUCCUGCUGUUCUCGCUGUCAGCUUCCGGAGAGUUGGAGCUGCCGCAGCUGGACUACGGCAGUCUGUCCGCCUCCCUGGAGGAGGAUGCCAUCGAUCCCUUAACGGCGAUGGCGCCCUUUGCCAACUCCCUGGUCACCGAGGAGUCGGCGUCGCACAAGAACAACGUGGAGCUGCUGGGGAAUAGCAGUGAGGACGAGAAUGGCAGGCCUUCUCAUGGUUCCUCCUCCACCUCGGGAGGAUCAUCGGGAGGAGCGGCAUCGGGUGGAUCGGGCAUACUCCUCGAGGAGUUCAACAGUAAUGGCAAGCUGAGUCCCGGAGAGGCCAGCAAUACGCUGCCCAUUUUCCUCAUCGAACCGGAGAGUGUGUUCGUGGUCAAGAAUCGGCCGGCGGUGCUCAAGUGCAAGGCCUCCCAUUCGCUGCAGGUGAUCUUCAAGUGCAGCGGCAGCUCGCAGCCGCCACCGUCGACGCACGAGACCCACGUGGAUCCGCACACAGGGGUCAACAUGGAGGAGGUCACCGCCACCAUCCACCGCGACCUGGUCGACGAGUUCUUCGGCGACGGACCCUUCAAGUGCGAGUGCCACGCCUGGUCGUCACGUGGCGUGGUCAAGAGUCAGGCGGCCACCGUCCACAUAGCCUAUAUUCGCAAGUCCUUCAACCAGUCGCCCACCUCGCUGCGCCUGGAGCUGGGCACUCGGGCGGAACUGCGCUGCGAACCACCCGGCGGCUUCCCCGAACCGAAGCUCACCUGGCACAAGAACAACGCGGUCAUAACCGCGGACAGCGAGCCGGGGAUCAGCGUUUCGGGCAGCACACUCACCUUCCGCCAGGUGGCGCUGCAGCACAUGGCCAACUACAGCUGCAGUGCGGAGAAUAUCGCCGGCAGACGCGUCUCCGAUUCCGCCGUGCUCAUCGUUUAUGUCAAUGGUGGCUGGAGCACCUGGAGUCCGUGGCGCGAGUGCAAGUGUGCGGGCAAACCCAGCCAGGGACGGAAGCGCUCGCGGACCUGCAACAAUCCAAUGCCGUUGAAUGGGGGCGCCCAAUGUCCGGGUCCCCAGAUCCAGAAGUCCGCCGACUGCGCCGCAUGUCCAGAGGACACUCAAAUCGUGAGCCCUGAUGGAUUUGACAUUUCGUCGAGUAAGCGCAUGGCCCGCUGGUCGGCGUGGAGUGACUGGAGCAUCUGCUCCGCGGAGUGCAUUCAAGUGCGUCGCCGGAAGUGCCUGACUCAGGGCCAGACUCAGAUGCAGAAUUCCGAGGCGGAGGAAGCCGGUGAUCUGCUCCUGGGAGCCGGAGUGGGCAUGGCCGCCCUCAUCGCCGCCGGAGGAGGAGGAGCAGGAGCAGCAGGAGGAAGCCCCAGCGACUCGGCUGCUUCCAGUUCCGACAUUAUCCCAGGAUAUGGCAAAUCAUUGUGCGCCGGAAAAGACAUACAAACGGCCGAAUGCCGCGGCGAGCAGUGCCAGAUUGGCAAGGAUGAUUUCGAUUGGACCCUCUAUCUGGGACUGGCCUUCAUAACCGCGGUGUGCUUCGCCUUUGGGACCGCGCUCAUCUGCUGCGCCCGCCGUGGCAUCCGCACCAAUCCCCAUUACAACAUGGCCCGUUCAGUAAUGGACGCGGAUUAUAUGCCCGGCGUUGUGGAAAAGAAGGAGAUGCGCAUGCACAUCGAGGCCAACAACAUGGGAUACGAUUACGUCAAUCCCGGACAUCGCUAUUUGCCCGGCGAGCACAUCAUGGGCAUGGGCAUCGGCUGCGGAGGAGGCGUCACCGAGCACCACUACGAUGUGCCCAAUCUGUCCGCCAACUACACCAAUCCCAUAGACCAUCUGAGCGUGGAUUAUCUUUCAGAGACGGGUGAAUCCUCCACCGCUGAUACCUCCAACUCCACUUUCGAUAUGAACGGCAAGCUGUCCAUACUGAACGCCUCGAAGAGCAGCAGCUACGAGCUCCUGGGCAGCGCAGGAGGACAACUGCGCCUCUACGGCGGAGAGCUGCUGCUCUUUGUGCCGGAACAUGCCAUCGGAAAGCACCUAAAGAAGCACGUUUCGCUGCUCCUGCUGAGCGACGAGUGCAGUCGCAUCUCCUGCGCCACCGAGAGCUCCAUCCUGUGCAGCAGCGUGGUGCACAGCGCGCCGCGAAACUACAGCUUCGUCAAGCCGGUGAUCCUGAAGAUUCCCCACUGCCUGGUGGCUCCGGAGCAGUGGCAUGUCCACAUCUACCAUGCGGACAGCGAGCACGACGAGCUGAGUGUCAACUGGCGGCGGGCGGUAUCCGUUGGCGAGGAGACCAUCAACACGCCCAUGUUCGUGCAGCUGGAGGCGACGCAUGUGUUCAUUAUGACGGAGCAGCUGGGACACUUCACCGUGGUGGCGGAACCGAGGAUUCAGCAGCCCGCUAUCAAGAUGAAGCUGCUGGCCUUCAGUCAGCACACGCCACCCAGCAGCGCCAACUGCAGUUUGCGGAUCUACGUGGUCAAGGACUUCCCCAACAGCCGGGAUAUCUGCGCCAAUGUGGAGGCCAAGCUGGGUGGCAGCUUCCUGGGCGAGAGCCAGGUCUUUGCCUUCUCGCUGAACAGCCGGAAUCUUAGCAUUCGCGUGAGGAGUGCGGAUGUGGAGGCGGCAGCACCGUAUGAACAUGCCAUUCCCUACCAGCACAUCCUCAGCAACAACUCCAUCCUGCACUGCGAGUUCAGCCUGCGGCGGCAGGAUCAGAAUACCCUGUGCGUGGACUUUGGCCAGGGCAGCGAGGACGACUACUACACCUUCAACAUUCCAGCCCACUGCAUGAGCGGAUCGGCGGAGGAGCUGGCCUCCACCACGAACACCACCAUCUCCAUCGAUCGCCAGGGCAACUAUGUGAACGAGAGCUGUGUGAUGGACUUUGUCCAGCUGCCGCAUGCCACGAAGCGUCUGAUCUGCGCCGCCUUGGAUCCUCCGCGGGCGGAUGAGCGGGACUGGCGACUGCUGGCCAAGAAGCUGAAUACGGACAGGUACAUCGCCUACUUUGCCACCAAGGCCUCGCCCACCGAACAGAUCCUGAACCUGUGGGAGUGUCGGGCGAACAGCAACCCCGGUAACAGUUCCAAUUCCGUUUCGCACACGAUAAUGGCGCUCCUGCUGACGCUCAAGGAGAUGGGACGCCAGGAUGUGCUGGACAUCAUAGUCGAAACCAUAGGUCCGUUGUGGAUUUAAGGCGGCCAAGGCUUGAAAUUUGGCGGAAGGGGAACCUGAAACUAAAAGGAAAAGCUUUAGAACUUCAAUUUCAAACUAAUCGUUGAAUUUCUCUGUUGAGUUUUUAAAAGUUUUUCCCAGUUCCACCCAUCUUCACCCUGUUUCCAGUGACAAAUCACUAUUUGUUUCCAAAGAUAACUUAUCCAACAAACAUUUAACACCUAAGAACUGAACCACCUGCAAAGUUUGUUAAAGUGAAAGGGGAAAAUCAGCGUUAAAAACAAAAAUGUUCAUGAGUUGCCUUUUAUUUACAAAAUGUACGAACGACGCGAACGAAAAAAAAAGAAA